AAUCGGUUUGGGGGGGGGGAGGGGAGAGGCACGUUUUGGGGGUUUCCGCGGGAUUUCCUGUCAUUCUCCUCUCACUUUGCAGCCGAGAGCUAAUGCACAUGCUUGGCUCCCAAAGACUGCCCGACUGGUCCCGCAUAGCCCUCCAAAGAGGCACGAGCUGCGGGCCCGGGACCCUCAGAGAGCCCGAGGGCUGUCUCGGCUACACGGAAACAGAACUGGAAAUUCUUAGCACUUAAAAAAUAGAGGUGUCCCCGGGCCCGCGGUGACCCACAGACAGUUCCUAGGCCCCGUGUCUAUCCCUGGUUAACUCCACCAGGUGGUGGAACACGACUGGCAAGGAGUCUACAACACGAGACUCGAUCCGCCACGCGAGUCCCACUAGCACGCAUUUAAGAGCAGUUAAAUCCGGAAGCUUCGGACCGCGCCGGAGACGGAAGACCCGCCCCUUCACGCUUCUUUUACUGCGGAGGAAGUCCCGGGAAGGGAAAAAUGGGCGUGACUCAAGGGGGCGGAGCUUACGGAAGCCGCACGGCCUCGUGUCCAUCUGCAGGGGGCGCCCCCUUCUCAGCUUCCGGAAGUAGCUGCGGCUCGAACGUCGGGGCGGAGCUGGGAUUCAGCCCUCAAGUGGAGGAGGCUCGAAGCCGGGAAGGGGCCCCUAACGGUGAUUGGCUUUUACUACCUUGAAACGAGCCAUCAGUGGGUGUUAUCACCUGUGGCACUACCUGCAUUCUGAGCACUCUGCCUGGCUCAGGCCUGGGAGUCUGGAGAAAUGGCAAAUGUACAGCCUGAAAGUAAAAAGAGGGACCUUCCUCCAUGGAUGACAGCCCAGGUAACUGAGAGGAAAUCAGUCCCAGUAUGGAAAUCAACUAAGAGGAGAAAAACCGUGGCACAGUCAGCAGAUAAAUCAUCAAGUCUUCCCCCUGUACGAACGGUGUACUUCAUGAAUGAAAGUGAAUUGGUGGACAUUGCUCUGGGUAUCUUGAUUGAGUGCGGUAAACAGGAAAAGCCUUUGGAGCACACAUUGCUGCUGGGAACUGAUAAGGCCCAAACCACACAGCCUGAAUCCUCCUGGGCUUCUGAGAGCAGUAGUGAUGGAGAGGAGGAGGUGAAUGAUACCCCUCAGACAAGUCCCUCAAGCAAGCAGGAGUAUUCAGCCUCUGGCCACAAAAAAAGUUCAGAAGAUGAAGAGGAUGAUGAUGCAUUAAAAUAUGUGAAGGAGAUAUUUUUCAGUUGAGAAGAUAAAUGAAUUCAGAGAAUAUUUUGCUUUGGGUAUAUUGGGAUGAUUCCUUGCCCUAGUUGCUAAGUUUGCCCAUCAGGGAAUGCAGUGCUACACCCUAUGUUUCCCCAUGCAUCCCUUUAGAUGAGGUCUCUCAAUCUCAGAGUUUUAGCCCUGGGCAGUGAAAUCAAGACAAUCCAAGUUGGUAAUAAAUUGAUGAUCUAGUAGUGAGUCAUUAAGUCUGUGGCCAGGAAAGACCUCACAGUUACUCUGCUUUCAGUAUUAAGCAUCUCAGGUCUGUGGUUACCUUAUCCUGAGGGUAAUCACAUACUGGGGGAAAAAGUCAAAUGUAUAUAAGACUAAUUAACAUGUAUUAGAGAAACAAUUUAUAAUGGACAGUGGGGAAGGAGACAGAUAUCUAUGUUGGUCAGUCCAUAUUUUAUUAUUUUCCCUGCAGGAAAACCCCUGAGUAUGGAUCAGACUCAGUUUAUGGCUUUUUUUCAACCGCAAAAGCAGCUAGUUAGAUGAGAGAAGUAGAAGGGGCCAGGUUAGGUGAUUUACUUCUCAGUUGGUGUUGCACAGUGACGUGACUUUGUGGAAAAAAAGGCAAAGACCUGCUUAAUUCUACCCUUGUAGGGAAUUACUUCAUUAUCACCAGGGAAAUUUUGAAAAAUGGGGAGAUUAUCCCAGCCUGUGCAAGCUAUCUUCCUAGAAGAAAGCAGAUAAUAAUCAAGCCUAUUUUUUGUGGGGAAAACUUGUCCCCCUUCACUGGAAAGGAGCUUGGAACCUAAAGCCAACUUUUGGUAAUUAGGGCUUCCUGGUGCAACUGAGGACUGAACAUUGGAAAAGAGAAGUGAAUGCCUGGACAACACUGAUCCUGUGGACAGUUUCAUGAUGAUGAAUACUUUUCAGAGAUGCACUGGAUUUUGUACUUGGUACACCUCAGUGCCCAGGGCAUUAUGUGUGAACCAUGCCUUGGGCAUCACCCACUGGGAGCCCCAAAACACCUGGAUGCUGAUACUAGCGAGGCUGAGCAAGCCAGAGCAGAGGAGCCCUCACCUGGCUAUAGGGAGAGACUGCUCUGGAAAAGGACAUGGGCAAUGUUUCCUGUUACUCAUAGAAAACAGCGCUGAAUUUGGAGUCAGAACCUAGUUUCAAAUUCUGUUCUACCACAAAGUAAUCUGCAUGACUAAGCAAGUCACUUCACCAUUGAAGUCUUCAGUUUUCUCAUUGUAAAUUGGGGGAUUUGACCAAAUGACCUCUGAUGUCCUUUUCAGCUCUCAUUUUAUGGUCCUUUACUAGAAAGUUGAUAAGAUUCCUUUCAUUUGAUGCUUUACCCUUGUGGCUGCACUGGUCUCUCAAAAACUAAUGGUUGCUUUGCAGUAGUACAUCCGGAAAAGAUAGUUAAAAAGUGAAGUGGUAGAAAAAAACUUCAAAAAAAAAACAAACUUUAAAUUUCCUUCCUGACAUAAUAUACAUCUCUCAAAAAUCAGAACAGAUUGAAAAAAGAUAAUGGGAGGUUGAAUUCGUUAAAGAAAACUAGUGAUUUGUAGAAAUAAUUUUGGUCAUUAAAAAAACCCAACUGAGUAUAUUUUCACUAAGACCAAGAGUUGACUUUUUCAGUUGUCAGUGACUUCAGGUCUUUCAGAAUCAGAGGGUAUAGCAGAAAGCAUCAGAUUUGGAGUCAGGUUUACCUCGAGUUCUUAUGUCCAGACUUGGCCACCUGUUAGCUUACAUGACCUCAAACAAGUGACUUUGCUUUUUUGAUGCUUAGUUUCCAGGUUUAUAAAAUGGGGACAAUGUAUGCCACUUACCUCAGGAUUUCUGCAAGGAAAGCAUUUUGUGAAUCAUUAAGAUCUAUAUAACUGAGUAAUUGCUGUUCUUAUUGUGAUGUGGCUGGUGUACUUUCUCCAGAGUUGCUAACCACACCCACUCUUAGUUUCAGCCAACAGACUUGAUGAUUUGCUAUGGCUAGAAAAUUUAUCACCUGCUGGCCAUCUCGAUAGGCUCUCUGUUGAUGAAUUUUUUUUGGACUUAGGCAAAGACAAUAGAGAGAAAAUCCAUUGGCUCCAUCACUGAGUCCUCUCUGAAAGUAUUUUUAGUUAGGUAGCAUCAUAGAUCUUGUCAUUCUGUGGUCUUCAAAAAUCCAUUGUCUCUAUACUGUGAUGAGAUAUUAGGGUAGGACUUUGGGAGAACAUAGGAUAAGGCUCCUGUAGUUUCAUUUUCUUAGAGAAUAUGGCUGACAAAACUUCCUCUUCCACCAUAGUUUGGCAUCUUCUCUCCACCUCAGAGAGAAUUGUCUAAUGUACUAAAUGAUUAAGUGGUUUGCCCUGAUGUCAAAUAGCCAGCAUGUAUCAGAAUUUGGAAAGCUGGACAUGAACUCUGGCCUCCCUAGCUCAAGGCCAUCUCCAUUUCUCACAUCAUGGAGUCAUAGUUGUUUUUCACUCAAGACUCCAUGGGGCCAGUGGGGAGGAAUAUUGGAGAUAUAUAACUAGGUGUGGCAGGUCAUCUGAGUCAGUGGCAAAUUGAAAGGGAGGAAGAUCACUUUAUGUUCCCUGCAGGGCCCAUUGAAAAGACCUUAUUAUAUAAGAAGCCAGCCUUAUUCUUUGCUGCUUCUGUGGCUCAAUGAUUAUCAACGUGAGUAAUAUUUCCAUGGAUACAAAUAGAAACUCAGAUAUGCCUUCUCAAUUGAUUCUAAUUCAAAUGAAAGAAAAUGAACCUUCCUCUGCUUACCUGAUACCAGAGCCCCAAAGACUAUUUAUGAUCCUUUUUGUGAAUCCUCAUUUUUGCUGUAGGAUUGGCCUUGAUGUUUUUCAUGAUCUUGAUGUUUAUAUUGCUUCUUGCAUGCAAAUAAUUAUUGCUUCUGUAUUUCCAUUAUCUAGAGGUGUGACUGGGUGAAAAUUCUUCUGCCUCCUCUCAUAUUUUAAUUCCCAUUUAUUUUAGCACUAUCUCUUCCUAGUUCCUACCCUCUGUUUUUUCCUUCCAGUGUGCUUUCUGUAAUUGAUAAUUUUUUAUUUAUAUCUUUAUAUAAAUAUAUUUCUAAUAUUUAUAUUUCUAUUGCUUCACUGAAAUUUCCUACUGUAGUCCCAUCUGUACCUACCUCCUUUCAGAGAGUCAUCCCCUGUAAUAAAGUGUAUAAAAAGAGAAAGAAAAAACCUGAAAUAUCAGAAAGUUGGACAUUAUAUAAAAUAUUAAAAUUUUAUAAUAUUCUCAGUAACUUUUUUAAAAAAUAAAUUUUCAUUGAUGCCUGUUGUCUUUAUAUAU